AUGGAUAUCUCCGAAGAAAAGUUCGAUGUACUGGAUUCUGUGCAUGUCUCUGGAUUCCGAAUAUUGAAAGACAGUGGGGAGUUCUACCAAAGAAUUAAGUUUCUUAUGCAGAACUCGACAUCAGUAUGUAUAGCAUCCCUAUUCUUUGGAAAGAACGGAGAAAUGGAGGACAUCAUCGACAUUCUCGAAGAAAGAAAGAGGAAGAAUCUCAUGACAAUCAUCUUCAUCGAUAAAAACAGAGGGACAGUCUUCGAAAGUCUGGAGUCUAUAAAAAGAAGGGGUCUUGGCUCAUUUUUUCAUCUUGUAGAUCUCUCUACGUCUUUCCUGCUUCCAAGGAGACUAAAUGAACUUCUCAGAACCUUCCAUACUAAGGCCUUGGUUUUCGAUGGCCUAACCAUAUUAUCUGGUGCAAACAUGGAUGCAUCGUACAUGACAAACAGAGUAGAUAGAUAUCUCGAGAUUGACAGUAGGGAGCUGGCGGAUAUGAUCAGAUCUAGAGUCUUUGGAAUAAGGCCCCCUUUGGAGGCUGGAAAAACUAUAUGCCAGGGCCUUCCAGUGUAUGUAGGUAUGUUUAAAGAGAAAGAGGAGCCUGCCAUAGUCCAGUCGUUUCUGGAAGACUUCGACGAGAUACACAUUUCCACAGGAUAUCUGAACUUUCCGGCUCGCUAUUUCAAAAUGCUCCAAGGAAAGAAGGUGUCUCUCUAUGCUUCAUGCCCAGAUAAGAACACCUUCGACUCGUUUGGACCCUUGGAGCGAUUCAUAGGCCCAGCUUAUUCAUAUAGCUUCUACAGAACUCUCAGAUCAAUUUCAAGCCUUUCCAUUCACGAGCUGAAGAGGGACGGCCAUUCAUUCCAUCUGAAAGGCUUCUGGGGAUUCAAGGGCAGAACAGCUGCAACCAUCAUAGGCUCAUCAAACUUCAACAGGAGAAGCGUAGAAAGAGAUGACGAAACAAAUUAUCUAAUAAUCACAUCCGACCCAGACCACGUUCAGAAGCUGAGGACUGAGGUGGAAUAUCUCAAGAGUAACUCAGAGGCAAGGACCUUGAAGCAGCUUAGAGGAAGGACAUACCAGUUGGCCGUAAUUCUAUUGUUUCUGAUUUUCAACAGAUUCUUCUAA